CAUUUUAUCUCACAACAAAGUCACAAAACUCGUCUCUGUAAACACACCACACCACACACACUCACAGAGUAAGUAAGACUCAUCAAUGGCGGUUUAUUGCAACCACUCGGCGGUUCUCCUCUCUCCAUCCACCGCCAGUUCUUCCUCCUCGUCGCUCGUCGGCUUCCCUCGCUUCCAAACGCUGCUUUUCAAAUCCAGAAGCCUUUACUCGAAAUCCAGAGUUUCUCCUGUCUCGGCAUUACAGCCUUCAUCACGGUCUCUGGAAGCUUUGAUUUUCGACUGCGACGGUGUGAUCCUCGAAUCGGAGAAUCUGCACCGUCAAGCUUACAACGACGCCUUCUCGCAUUUCGAUGUUCGUUGUCCUCCUUCUUCCUCUGCGUCUCUCGACUGGAGCCUCGAGUUCUACGAUAAGUUUCAGAACCUAGUCGGUGGUGGAAAACCCAAAAUGCGUUGGUAUUUUAAAGAACAUGGAUGGCCAACCUCCACCAUUUUCGAUUCACCUCCUCAGAAUGACGAUGAUCGAGCCAAGCUGAUCGAUACUCUUCAGGAUUGGAAAACUGAGAGGUAUAAAGAAAUCAUUAAAUCAGGAAGUGUAGAACCAAGACCUGGUGUAAUAAGACUAAUGGAUGAAGCAAAAGCUGCUGGGAAAAAGCUAGCUGUUUGUUCUGCAGCUACAAAGAGUUCGGUUGUCAUGUGUCUCGAGAAUCUCAUCGACCUCGAGCGUUUCCAAGGACUCGAUUGCUUCCUUGCAGGGGAUGAUGUGAAGGAGAAAAAACCCGAUCCUUCGAUUUAUAUUACUGCUGCAGAGAAGCUAGGUGUUUCAGUUAAAGACUGUCUGGUCAUAGAGGACAGUGUGAUUGGCCUGCAGGCUGCUACAAAAGCAGGGAUGUCAUGUGUGAUCACAUACACUUCUUCAACGUCUGAUCAGGAUUUCAAAGAUGCUAUCGCUGUAUAUCCUGAUCUCAGUAAUGUGAAAUUGAAAGACCUGGAAACUCUGCUUCAAACCAUUGUUACUGCAGCUUGAGACAUUUGUCUCCUUUUCAUUUUUGUCUGUUCUUCUGCAACUGUACAUUUGUCUUUGUUUAAUAAAUUUUCAUUGAAUUUCAAAAAAAAAAAAA